AUAGGAUUUUAAAAUAAUUAAUUUUAUGGAUAAGAAAUAUAAUCGUCAUUUGUAUUACAAAGGAAUUAUGACAUGGGAAGAUUUUAAAAAAUAUAUGAGUAUCUUUCUCUAUUUUAUUAGGGGAGUUAUGAGGAUAAUAAUAAAGAUUGAUAUGGAGAAUUCUAUUGACCUGAUGCUGGAAUCUAUAAAGGAUUUUAUUUAAAUGGAUUUUACAUGGAGAGGCAAUCUUUAUUGAUAAAAAUAGUAAAUAAUUAAAGGAGAGAGG